GAGUUUUUUUUUAUGUGACGCAGCGUUGUUGUAAUCAAAAAAAUUGUAAUUUUUCGUGAACUGCAGCAAGUGCAAAGGUGAAACAUAAUUAAAGAUGUCGCAACGCUUUGCGCCUGGCCAAGCGCCGGUGCAGUCGCGCUACCAACCGCCGCCCCAGGCCCCCGGCAUGCGUCCCUAUCCGCCAGGCACCGGCUCCACUUUCGCGCCACGCGGCUUUCCAUUACAUCCGAACACAACGCAGCCCGUUCCUGGCAGCGUUGCUGCUCCAGUUGGACCCGGACCCGCUCUGCUGCAGCGCACCACCCAACCCACUUUCCAGAGCGGCCUGCGCGGCAGUGGCUCGGGUGGUGGCGGCGGCGGCGGUAGUAAGCGCUCGGCCGAGUCGCGAAACCUGAACAGCGGUCCCAACAAGGGUGAAUUUGUCGCUGGCGCCAAAAAGAAGAAGAAACUGGCGGACAAGAUAUUGCCACAGAAGGUUCGAGAUCUGGUGCCAGAGUCACAGGCCUACAUGGACCUGUUGACAUUCGAACGCAAGCUGGACGCGACUAUCAUGCGCAAGCGGCUGGACAUACAGGAGGCACUCAAGCGGCCAAUGAAGCAGAAGCGCAAGCUGCGCAUCUUCAUCUCGAAUACAUUCUAUCCGAGCAAGGAGCCGAGCAACGAUGGAGACGAAGGCGCCGUUGCGUCGUGGGAGCUGCGAGUCGAGGGCCGGCUGCUGGAGGAUGGCAAGGGCGAUCCCAACACAAAGAUUAAGCGCAAAUUCUCAUCAUUCUUCAAGUCGCUGGUGAUCGAGCUGGAUAAGGAGCUGUAUGGGCCGGACAACCACCUGGUCGAAUGGCAUCGCACACACACCACCCAGGAGACGGACGGCUUUCAGGUGAAGCGGCCCGGCGAUCGCAAUGUGCGCUGCACCAUCCUGCUGCUGCUCGACUACCAGCCGCUGCAGUUCAAGCUGGAUCCGCGGCUGGCUCGGCUGCUGGGCGUGCACACGCAGACGCGGCCGGUGAUAAUAUCGGCGCUGUGGCAGUACAUCAAGACGCACAAGCUGCAGGAUGCCCACGAGCGGGAGUACAUCAAUUGCGACAAGUAUUUGGAGCAGAUCUUCAGCUGCCAGCGCAUGAAGUUCGCCGAGAUACCGCAGCGACUGAAUCCGCUGCUGCAUCCGCCAGAUCCGAUAGUGAUCAACCAUUUCAUUGAGAGCGGGGCAGAAAACAAACAGACCGCCUGCUACGACAUCGACGUUGAGGUGGACGACACGCUCAAGAACCAAAUGAAUAACUUCUUGAUGAGCACCGCUAGCCAGCAGGAGAUCCAGGGACUGGACACAAAGAUACACGAGACGGUGGACACGAUCAACCAAAUGAAAACGAAUCGCGAAUUCUUUCUCAGCUUUGCCAAGGAUCCGCAAAUGUUCAUCCACCGCUGGAUCAUCAGCCAGACGCGGGAUCUGAAGCUCAUGACCGAUGUGGUCGGCAAUCCGGAGGAGGAGCGCCGCGCCGAGUUCUACUAUCAGCCCUGGACGCAUGAAGCUGUAUCGCGCUACUUCUUCACCAAGGUGAAUCAGAAACGCGCCGAGCUGGAGCAGGCACUGGGCAUACGCAAUGGCUAGGCUAUGGACUGAGCUGUUGUGCUCCAUCGAUGUCAAUGUCAAUGUCCAAGUCCAUGUCCAGGCAGUACGGCAAACUCUUUUUUCCUUCGGCAGUUUAGUUUAAGCCCUAAAUGCUACACACCCUAUACAUAUAUAGAUAUAUAUACUAUAUAAAUAA